CUCCAGGUAGGUCUCUACAAUCUUUCUUGCCCCUCAACGCUACUUCCGCCUCUUCCUCUCGUUCGGGUUCUUCCUCCCAUACCCAAUCACAGGCAUGUCUCCGUCGAACCCUCUAGUCCUCGUACUCCUCCCCUUCCCGCCCGCGCCAACACUGAGGAUCUCCGGUACCCAAUCGGGGUCCAUCCAGCUCCCCAUCACCGUCCCGCCCUGUCCCAUCUCCGCGCUCCUGCUCGCGCUGUUGAGCAUCCGCUUCUCCUCCCGCUCUCGCUUGCCAUCUGCCCGCUUCUUCGCGCGCUGCCAGGCCGCCUGGUCCUCGCGCAGCACGAGCCCUUCCCCAGGCCCGGUCUUCGCGGACCCCGGCUUGGGCGCGGGGAUCGAGUAGAUCGUGCCACGCGUCUUGAACUGGAAGUUCUUUUUGAGGUGCACUUGCAUCGCGGGGGUGUUCGGGCCCGCGUUAGGUGAGGAGAUGGUGACGGAUGCACGAAGAAGGGUGGGGUUUCCGCAGGAAGGGCAGAAUUUGCGCGACGAGUCUUUGCAGAUCUUGAAGCAAGCGUGACAUCUGAGAACCCAGCUCUUCACGCGUUCUAUGCGCUUGCCCUCGACGCCGACGAGUCCGAGCCCCAUCUGAAGGAGCACGUUCUGCAUCGCGAAAUCGGCGGUCAUGCAGCCGACGGGGAUCGUCCCCUGCUUUUGCUUCCCCUUGCGGCCUGCGCCUUCAGAUGGCAGGAGGUCGAGUGCGCGAGACUUGUGCAGAGCGACAUUGGAAGGAGUGAUCCAAUCUCCUUCGCCGUCGUCUUCAUCGGAUGGAUCGUCGUACAGGGGUUCUUCGUCGACAGGCUGUUGUGAGGGCUCUGUGGGCGCGGGGUCUGCAGAUAUGGGUUUUGAGGACGCAGAAGGAGAAGAGAUGGAGGAUCCGUCUUGUGUAUCCUUGUCUCCUCUUACGGGCUGUAGCUCUACAUCGAGUGGCUCCCUCUCCUCAAGAUCUUCAGACGAAUCCUCCUCAGCUUUAUCCGAAUCCUCUGUCGCGGACGGCGGCGGUUCUUCCGCAUCGGAUGUGUGGGGCUCCUCAGUCUCUGGGACUGCCGCAUCUGUUGCCUCAGCAGUCUCCUCCUGAGAUCCGUCAACCUUGGCCUCAGCAGGCUCGGGCUCAGAAGAGGCCUUUGCUCCUUCCAAGGGUGCCUCGCUGCUAAACUGCCCGUAUUGUGUUGCGGCCUCCGUCGAGCUCUUCUCCUGCUGAUUAAGCUCGUAUGUCAGGGCCAGUACACAGAUAUCGGCGUGUGAGAGCACGGAGUAGUCUCCGGUCUUCUUAGCCCACUGGAUGACAUGUGCGACUGAAGUCAUCAUCGGACCUUUCACUAAAAUGCUAACCCCGGCUGACAAGCCAAGCUGCUUGAAGUGCUCCCGGGCGUUCUUAUCUUUCAAUUCGUCGAGGACUUGCGGGACGGUGUAGUAAGUCUCCGCGAGUCCACGUAAGGGCGAUAGUGAUAGAAGAGGUCCGGCAUCCAGCACAAGAUGCUUGCACGCCGGUUUCGGCCCUGUUUGGACCGCUGACGACGCUGGACACGCCAUGGAGAACGAGGGGGUAGAGGGAGAAAGACGAAAAUGUGGGAUCACGUGUGUGGAGGAAGUGCUGCAUAUUGAUCGAAAUCGGCCGUUCGUACCGAGAUUCGAAGUCAAAAUUGGCAGGGACGCGCGAUCUGUGCGUCAUGUCUACUCGCGAGGGUCGCGCCUGGAAACAUACAUACCCAUAGCGCCUCGGACGGCCGACGGACUCAUCCCGAAAUACCCCUCUCGACUCCUUCAUAUCAAACUGCAGCUUUCCCAAUUGCCCUCACAAAACUCGCAUCCAUCGCGACUUGUACAAAAUGGCAAAGAAGUCUUUCCGCGUCGUAGUCCUUCCCGGAGACGGAAUCGGUCCCGAGGUCGUUGCUGAGGCUGUCCGCGUGCUCGAGGUAAUUUCUGCAGCAUCGCAGGACGUUGAGCUCAAGCUCGAGUCACACGAGUUCGGAGGAUGUGCGAUUGACUCAACCGGCGAGCCCCUCCCCGCAUCCACACUGAAGGCAUGCCAGGAAGCGGAUGCCAUCCUGAUGGGCUCCAUCGGAGGCCCGAAGUGGGGCGUGAACAGCAAGGUUCGCCCUGAGCAGGGCCUCCUUGGCCUCCGCAAGGCUCUCGGGCUCUACGCCAACAUCCGCCCCGCGAACUUCGCAUCCGAUUCCCUGCUCGCCAACUCGCCUUUGAAGCCCUCCGUUGCGGAGGGCGUCGACAUCAUCGUUGUGCGCGAGCUCAUCGGCGGCGUCUACUUUGGUGCGCGGCAAGAACUCGGUGCGGGUGCAGGUCCAGAGGCAGAGACCGCGUGGGACACGAUGGUGUACAGUGUUCAGGAGGUGCAGCGUAUCACGCGCGUCGCGGCGCAGAUCGCUCUGCAGGCGAACCCUCCUCUCCCUAUUCACUCAAUCGACAAAGCGAACGUACUCGCGAGCUCGCGUCUGUGGCGCAAGGUCGUCAUCGAGACGCUGCAGGCAGAGUACCCACAGCUCACCCUCGACCACCACCUCGUCGACUCGGCCUCCAUGCUGAUUGUCGCCAACCCCAAAAAACUGAACGGCGUCAUCGUUACUGAGAAUCUCUUCGGUGAUAUUCUUUCAGACGAGGCCAGCGUAAUUCCCGGCUCUCUUGGUCUCCUUCCCUCAGCUUCCCUCGCUGGCGCGCCCUCUGUCGCCGACGCGACCUCGCCAGGGUUCAAGCCCACCCCGGGUCUCUAUGAGCCCAUCCAUGGUUCAGCGCCGGACAUCGCGGGCAAGGGCAUUGCCAAUCCCGUUGGUACUAUUCUCAGCGCCGCCAUGCUGCUACGCUACUCCCUCGGUCUCGAGAAGUACGCUCAAGCUAUCGAGAGCGCUGUCCGCAAGGCGCUUGAUACUCAAGCGACUGGCGGGCUCGAGCUCAGGACUGCUGACUUGGGCGGAAAGGUGACGACCAAGGAACUAGGCGAUAAGGUCGUGGAGAUUUUGAAGGGUCUGGUGUAGGCGGCGUUAAAUUGGGCGGCAGCCUCUGUUGAGAAGAAGUAAACCGUAUCAUUUGUAUAUUACAUCUAUGCCAGAACGUCAAGGGCCCUCCUGUAUAGCAG